UAUGGGCGUGUUCUAAAUAAUGUUAGCCCCGCCUCCAAUCUUAGUCAUGGCAGCUUUUCUGAAAGAGAUAGAAUCCUUUUCUUCCAAAAACUCACUAAAGCAAGUACCUACGUACAUCACUACAAGUGAUGGGAAAAGAUUCCUAGAGACAAGAGAAGCAGAUGGUGAGAUUAAGUUAGUCCAGCAAGAAGGGAAAUCAUUAGGAUUCUGUCCAGACCUUAGACCAGACAAAGAGAUUGGGGUGGCUCUUCCAAGACUAUUUAUUGCUUCCCAAGACGUUGCAUAUGACAAGUCUGCACUCUCUGUGCUAGGAGUGACCCACAUUCUCAAUGUUGCAGCUGAUCUACCUAACGCUUUUCCAUCAGACUAUGUAUAUUGCAGUGUCCCUAUGUAUGACGAUGAAGAUGAAGUUUUAAUGCAACAUUAUUCAAAAUGUCAGGAUUUCAUAGAUGAAGCAUUAAGCAAAGAGGAUGGGAGGCUACUGGUGCACUGUAGAGCUGGAAGGUCCCGUUCUGUGUCCAUAGCUGUAGCUUAUAUGAUGCAUAAAGACAAGUCCUUGACUGUAGAGGAGGCGUUGGGGAAAAUAAGGGAGACAAGACCGAAUGCUGAUCCUAAUGCUGGGUUUUUUAAGCAACUGAAAGCUCUAGAAAUCGAGCUACAAGGAACAGCUUAGACUUAUGGUUUGAUAUUAAUUUUUAAUGUCAACAAGAAUGUUUUUAGAAUCAGAAAAUUAUUGUUUU